AUGACGUCCAAUCGCACAGCCCAAGAAGUGAUCAAAGAGCUGAACCUCGUCCCGCACCCAGAGAAAGGCUAUUUCAUCGAGACCUUCCGCGAUGAAGCAAAGUCCUCCAGCGAGGGCAAGGAGCGCUCCAACCUCACAUGCAUCUAUUACCUCCUGGAGGGCGAAGCCGGCAUGUCGCACUGGCACCGCGUGCUCGACGCCGUCGAGGUAUGGCAUCACUACGCCGGCGCGCCAUUGCAGCUUUCUCUGUCGUGGGAUGACGGAAAACCCGUGAGAAAUGUGAUCCUGGGGAAGGAUCUCUGGAAGGGAGAGCGCCCUGCCGUCGUGGUCCAGAGAGGCGAAUGGCAGCACGCCCAGAGCCUGGGCGACUGGACCCUGGUGGGCUGCUCCGUGGCACCCGCGUUCACUUUUGAGGGGUUCGAAAUGGCCAAGCCAGGGUGGGAGCCGAGAGGGGCAGGAUCGUCACAGUGA